GCAGGCCAGGCGGGCCAGACGGGCUCUGACAGCAAAGAUACGUCUGUCGCUGCGGAGACAAACACCCAUGAAAUAUUCAACCCUGUCGUCUGUGCUCUAAUUUGAAAGUCCGAAUGGUUUGGAAGUAGAAGAUACAUCAACAUGGUACACAUCCGGGAGCGUUUCUCGACGAAGCCGAAACUACGGGUGUCACUUUUCGCCUUUCUUCUCCUUCUUGUUUUCUCCCCCGACGGUGACGCCAGGCUGCGCCGGACACGAAGCGUCACCCCCUCGACGGAGGACACGGUAGAAACUUACACCAAAUACUACAAUUAUGUUGAGCUAACCGGACGUUUACAGUCGCUAGCCCAGAAAUACCCUCACAUAGCUAACCUAUCGAGUAUAGGUCGGUCUGUGCAGGGCAGGGAGCUCUGGGUGAUGCGGAUCACCCAGGACCCCAACACGGACUCACCGGGGAAACCCAAAUUCAAAUACGUCGGGAACAUGCACGGCGACGAAACCGUGUCCAGGCAGGUGUUGGUGUACCUGGUGGAGCACCUGCUGACUAAAUAUGCGGAGGAGCCGCGUAUCUCUGAGCUGGUGAACAACACGGAUAUUUACAUCAUGCCCAGCAUGAACCCGGACGGCUUUGAGAAGUCCGUGGAGGGGGACUGCAGCGGAGAGAACGGGGGCCGGAACAAUGCCAAGAACCUGGACCUCAACAGGAGCUUCCCCGACCAGUUCGAUGGCACGACUGUCAACUCAGACAGUGUCCCCGAGGUCAUGGCUGUGAUCAGGUGGAUCCAGGAGAAAAAAUUUGUGCUGUCAGGGAACCUGCAUGGUGGCACUGUGGUUGCCAGCUACCCUUUUGAUGACUCAGCCUCCCACCAGCAACAGGGACACUACAGCCAGUCAGAGGACGACAGUCUAUUUCGAUACUUGGCCCUGGUGUAUUCCAGCAACCACCCUGUGAUGAAGACUGGUCAGCCCAACUGCCCCGAUGCCAUGGAAGAAAAAUUUAAAGAUGGCAUCACCAAUGGGGCGAACUGGUAUGACGUGCCUGGAGGGAUGCAGGACUACAACUACCUCUAUGGAAACUGUCUGGAAAUCACCAUGGAGCUAAGCUGCUGCAAAUAUCCUCUUGCUGCUCAGCUCCAUAAUGAAUGGGAUCUGAAUAGGGAAUCUCUGGUAGCCUAUAUUGAAAAGGUCCAUAUAGGUGUCCGUGGCUACGUGAAAGAGGCGCUAAAUGGAGCAGCUCUCACUAAUGUCAGCAUUGUGGUGACAGGCAUUCACCACAACCUGACCACAGGAAAAUAUGGGGACUACUACCGCCUCCUACUCCCAGGAACAUACAAUAUCACAGCUGUGGCUACAGGGUACACACCAAUGACAGUCUACAGUGUCCAGGUCUUGGAGGGCAAAGCCACAGAAUGUAACUUUACCUUAGCACCUUUGGUCAGUGAGGCAGCAGGUAGCACCACCACACACUUCAUGCCAUCCACCGAUGAACCAAACAUCCCCACCACCACCAGCGCCAGCUUUUCUAACUCCACACAGACCCGGGUGUUUCCUGCUGAGGCAAACAGCCCUCCACUGCCUGAACACCUGCCCAUCCAGCCCCAGGUAUUUCGGCACCACAACUACGCAGACAUGGAACUGUUCUUACGCAAGUACAGCAGCGAGUUCCCCUCUAUUGUCCAUCUGUACUCAGUCGGUCGCUCAGUUGAACAGCGGGAGCUCUAUGUGAUGGUCAUUUCAGACAACCCCACAGUCCAUGAGCACGGUGAGCCAGAGUUUAAGUAUGUGGCCAACAUGCAUGGUAAUGAAGUGGUGGGUCGAGAGUUAAUGCUUAACCUCAUCGAGUAUCUGUGCCGUAACUAUGGUACUGACCUGGAGGUCACUAAGUUGGUCAACAAUACCCGCAUUCACAUCAUGCCCUCUAUGAACCCAGAUGGCUAUGAGGCAUCCACUGAAGGUGAUGUAAAGGGCACCAAAGGGCGCAACAACAGCAACAAUUUUGACCUGAAUCGCAACUUCCCCGACCAGUUUGCCACCAUCACAGAUCCCAGACAGCCAGAGACUGUGGCUGUGAUGAACUGGCUUAAGAGCAACCCCUUCGUCCUGUCGGCCAACCUACAUGGAGGUUCCUUGGUGGUCAACUACCCCUAUGAUGAUGACAAAAAAGGGGUAUCUCAGUACAGUCCGUCACCUGAUGACAAAGUCUUUCAGCAGGUUUCUCGGGCCUACUCACAGGAGAAUCCUCUGAUGCACAAUGGACACCCUUGUGAGGAACUUUACCCUGAUGAAUAUUUUGAGGACGGCAUCACCAACGGUGCCCAGUGGUACAAUGUUCCUGGUGGCAUGCAGGACUGGAACUAUUUAAACACAAACUGUUUUGAGGUGACCAUCGAGCUGGGCUGUGUGAAGUACCCGCUGGCCAGGGACCUGCCACAAUACUGGGAACAAAAUCGACGAUCCUUGCUUCAGUUCAUACACCAGGUCCACCAUGGAAUAAAGGGCACUGUCUCUGACAGCAGGGAUGGUACAGGAAUUCCCAAUGCCACCAUUAGUAUGGAGGGUAUAGACCACAACGUCACCACAGCUCAUACUGGAGACUACUGGAGGCUGCUGGUCCCUGGGACUUACUCUAUCACUGCCUCUGCCCAUGGAUAUAAAUCUGUGAGGACCUACGCCACAGUCCAAAAGGAUGGAGUGGAGGUGGUGGACUUCAGACUUACCCGUGUACACUCAGACUCUAAUGGCCAGCCAAUUGAGGGCCCCCAGCCCACCAAGAACCCAUCUGAUAAGGAGUUUGAGAGCUUAAUCAAGGACCUCUCUCUAGGCCAGGGUUUGGAGAAGCUGGUCAGGGACACAGCCACAGAAAAAAGCUUCCGCUAUCAACGUUACAAAGAGCUGUCCGCCUUCCUCAGAGGCCUCACUCUUAACUUUCCCCAAAUUACAUCUUUACACAGUUUGGGUCAAAGUGUAGAGUUUCGAACCAUUUGGGCUCUUGAAAUCUCCAACAAACCAGGGGAAGCUGAACCAUCUGAGCCCAAGAUCCGUUUUGUGGCAGGGAUUCAUGGCAAUGCCCCAGUGGGCACUGAGCUGCUGCUGGAGUUUGCUGCCUGCCUGUGUAUCAACUAUGGGAAGAACCCAGCCAUCACCAGGCUUGUCAAUGAGACUCGGAUUGUCAUCGUGCCCUCCAUCAACCCGGAUGGGCGAGAACAGUCUGUUGAGAAGCAGUGCACCUCCACCCAGGGCUUGGCCAAUGCUCAUGGCAAGGAUCUGGACACUGAUUUCUUUGGCAAUGCAUCUCAGCGUGUUGUAGAGAGUCAACCUGAGACCAGAGCGAUGAUGGACUUGAUUCUGGACAAGGGCUACACUCUGUCUGUAGCCCUUGAUGGAGGGGCCCUUGUUGCUACCUACCCCUACGACAAGCCUGUUCAGUCUGUUGAAAAUGAGGGUACAUUGAAGUACUUGGCAAGUGUUUAUGCCAACAACCACCCCAAGAUGCACCUCGGGACUGGAUGUUCAAAUAAUGGGCAGGUAGGCAACAUCCCAGAUGGAGUCAUGAGGGCAGCAGAGAGGCUAAGUCACAUGGGGAGCAUGAAGGACUUCAGUAUGGACUUUGGUCACUGUCCAGAAAUCACAGUGUAUACUGGCUGCUGUUUGUACCCUCCUGCAGAGCAGCUGGCUACACUCUGGGCUGAGAACAAAAAGCCUCUCCUCAGCAUGUUGGUGGAGGUCCAUAAAGGGGUGCGUGGUGUGGUCAGGGACAAGAGUGGAAAGCCUAUUGUUGGGGCGAUCAUUGUACUGAAUGGGGGAGUGAGAGUCUUUACUGUAGAGGGCGGAUACUUCCAUGCACUCCUGGCUCCUGGAAACCACAACAUUGAAGCUGUCGCUGAUGGCUACCAACAACAACGACAAGAGGUGGUGGUGUCUUCUUAUGAAGCUGCUAACUCCCUCAUCAUUGAGUUUGACAUGGACAACAACAUCUUUGGCCUGCCCAGAGAGUUUGUGGUGGCCAGUGCAGCGGCCUCCAUGACAGCGUUGGUGGUGACAGCGUGCAUCAUCUGGUGCGUGUGCGCAGCCAAGUCUAAUCGUCAAAAAGAUGGCUUCCACCGCCUGCGGCAGCACCGUGACGAUUAUGAAGACGAGAUCCGGCUCACCUCUAUGGGCUCCAAGAAGUCGCUGCUUGCCCACGAGUUUCAGGACGAGAGUGAAAGUGAUGAGGAGACACUGUAUGCCAACAAAAUCUGAGGUGAAGCGUUGCACUAAUUCAACUGGUGGCUCACUUUUUUUGAUUUCCCUGUUAAAUUUAAUCCCUGGCCUAAGGACCAGGUUGAACUCUGGGCUGAAAGACACUUUGUUCUGUUGUACCAACAAGCUCUGAGGGGUCACUCAGUUAUUAGUGCUACUAAAUUCAGAAAAUGCAAAGGAAAUCCUGCUGGUGUCUGGACUGAAGGGCUGGAUGUUUGAAUUAUAUUUCUUUUUUUUUUUUUUUUUUUGCACCAUCUCUACCUGACUGGAUCAGGAGAAGAAGACAGAGGGUCAUUUAAAAAAAACAAAGAGGAAGAGUGAUGAUAAAGCUUGGUCCGCUGUGGCCCUCAUCCAUCCAGGUUUCGAAUCCUGCAGCUUUUUUUUUUUUUUUUCAUUUCCGAGCCACCCAAAAGUGCUCUUUUUAGACCACUACCUGUCCUGCCUGGCUGAGGGGCUCCAGCUCAUAAGUCCAAAUAAACUCUUGUUUAGUGGAUGUGUAAUGAACUCUGGAUGAAAGUGCUCAAUCUCACACAAUCUCCCCACUGAUAUCAUGCACUUCUUUCAAUACUGCUUUGAGUUAGGAAAUUGAAAUAGCUUCUUUUAUCCAUGACAGCAUAGCCACGAUGAAGUGUCCGAGCCUUUGAGAGACUGAAUCCAAUACUGUGCCUUACAGUCCGCUCGGGCUGUAGUGUGUGUAUGUGUAUGACAGCAAGCAGCAAAUUGGUGAAUAGAUUAUAUUUGGUCCAUGCUGGGAUUUGCUCCAUCCUAUACUCAGGUGGUAGGAAAAGAUAGAAAUUAUGAUAAAUGGACUGCUGAGUUCCAGUGUUGCACUGUUUCUGCACAGAUGACUCAAGGCUGGCUGGCCUGGGUUCAGUAGUUUUUUUUUUUUUAAUUUUUCCUGUGAGUCAAUGUGUUGGCCAGAAUCAUAAUAAUGCUUUAAAGCAUCAGGGAGAAUCUGUUACCAAUGAAAUGCUUGAAUGAAACCCUUUCCCAGUAAGUGCAGGGUGCUCUCAUGUAUGCAUGGAGGUCACUUGCACUAAAUUAGAAAGCAAGGAUUGUCCCAUAUCAUUGUCCAGGAAAAUAAAACUACGAAUCUCUAAAUAUGUAAACAUAAAAAGAAUGUAUUUUUUCCUUUUUUUUUUAUUUUUUAUUUUCACUAUAAGUUUCAAACUGUCUGUACAUGGAAAGUUGCUGUUGACUUUCUUGCAUGUCACAUUGAGUCUGUGCCCCUGUUUGUGCAUUAUCACAAUAAGGAAUAUCAAGCCUGUUUUCAUUUCGUUAUGAGUGUGAACUCCCCCACUAAACAAAUGUUUUGAAUGCAAAAGUCACUCCAGGUUUGUCCGUCCAGUAAUGAUCACUAUGAAUCAAUUUCAGAGCCACUCAGUCACCAGGAAUUAAAGGUCCAGUGCUAAGAAAUUCAUAUUUUUACAACCUCAUCAGGAGAAAGGGUGUAUAGAUCACAAUCCAUUUGAUGGAGAGAUGAUGCUGAAAGGGGCUGCGCAAAAUGUUUUUAAAAAAUCACAUUGAGAUUAUUUUGACAGAUUUUUGCAUCACACUUUUCACACAAUUAUUUAAAUCAUGAAGAUGUGACACUUGUUGGGUUCUGUGCCAAACAUUCUUUCCUCUAAAGAAAAGAACUGUAAGGCAGGGCAUCUCUGCAGCACUCCAGACUUCAUUAUAAAGCUGUUUUGUCACCCAGUUUCCUUGUUUUCUCAGAAAAGAUUUUGUCAAAUUGUGCAGCUCUUGUUAAAAGCAGCAAAAAUUCUAUUAAGCGGACGCUUUUUUUAAAUUGAGACUAUUCCAAAAUAGUUUAAAGAUACUCAGAACAUAGCUACCAUUGUGGUGUAUAUUUGACUUGAUUCUUUUGAGGUUUAAUAUGCAGCAUCAAAGAUGCAUUAUAUACUUCAGACAGUUGACAGGGAUGCUGAAAAGGAGGCUACAGAUGAAUUGCCCUAGUAGUUUUACAUAACGUCACAGUCUGGAGUGAAAUUGUGAGUUAUUCCAUGAAGAAAAGAAAUGUGAUUAUGUUUGUAAUCCUGUGCUGAAAUGUCCAACAUGGCACAGAAUUAAACUUCAAGUAUCACAUGAACUGCCAGGAACCAAACUUGUGGUUUUCUUCACGUCAGAAUAUACAUUCCUAACAAUUCAAAUUCUUGCACUGGAUCAUUAAAAUCAGGUGAAAAAGUGGGACUGCUUUGCAUGUUUGUCGUCACAUACAUAAAACACGUUGACUAAAGAAUUUGCCUUGAUUUUCAUUUACUUUGAGAAGAGAUUCUCUGCAGCUCUCAUCAGUGAUGUUAAACCUGAUAUCUGUCCAAAGGGACAGUUUUGUAUGUUAUGUUUCUUACAAUGUAUCUGUGAGUGUGUGUGUGAAAGUUGAGCGUGUGCCAGGCUCAAGCAGUGUUGAGAAGAUUUUAUAUGAUCUAGAAUCAACUGUAAAUAAUGUUUGCCAAUUGUGAAUGGGGAGUGCACUUCAUGUUUACCAUGGAUACGCACACAAACUCAUGAAACACAAUGAAAUAAAACAUCUCACAACUCC